AUGGCAGGAAAACUUCUCUUCGUCAGUUUUCUUCUGAUUUCAGCAUUUGCUUCCGAAAACACUGCUAAUCCAAUCGAUGAUUUCAUGGCCGGGUUGUCAGUUGGUGUUAACCAGCCUCUGUCUUGCUCUGACAACUGGAAAAUGUGUGGAGUAUAUGCUGGUCAGCUUAUGGGUAUGCCAACAUCAGAUUUAAUCUCAUUAUUUACAGAAAGAAUUCCUUUAUCUGGAGCCUUAGAAAUAGUUGAAGGCUUCCAAGCAAGUUUUUCAAGUAUUUGGGGAUGCAUUAGCACAGUUCUUGACGUCGGGACAGUUGCAUAUGAUAUCUACCACUUUACAACCCCAAGCUUCCAAGAUGAAAGCACCCUUAAGAAGGUUAGAGAUAUCCUCAAUUUCUCAUGCAGCGUCCAAAAAACAGCUUUUGACUUUGUCUUCAUUAUGAACACUUGUGGGGCUAGAGCUAAUUUAAGCCUUGAAUAUGUGGCUAGUAACUAUAAAGCCCAUAUGGAAGAAGCUAAUAGCUUGAUGACUGAUGUAAACAAUUGUGGAAGCAACUAUCGUCAAUGUGGCAAAUCGGCUGGAGAUUUGAUUCAGCUUUUACUUCAAUAA